AUCUAAUAAAGUCAACCAAACAAAAAGUCAACUUUGUCAAAUCCCACUAGUCGGCCGUAGUGCAUCACCUGAGACAGGGCGCGUCGUGCGGAGCCCCGGGAGCCCCGGCGGACGCCCGUCGCGCCGGCGCCCGACCAUUGGGUUACGCAACCCCAAUCAAAUAAAAAGCGUAAGCUGCCCCGGGCUGGCACCGCCGACGGAACCAUGGUGGACGUGUGCCGCUCCUGCGAGGCCCCGUGCCUCUGCGCGCCGGGAGCCGAGCCCCGCGGGCAGCCCCCGUUCUCGCCCCUCUUCCACAAGGUGCGCUCCAAAAAGAGCGUCGAGUGCUUCGUGACGGCGCGCAUGGCGUUCGCCGAGACGCCGCCCGGCACGGCGGCGUGGCGCGUCUGGCAGCUCGAGGCGGCGGAACACGUGGCCACGGUGGCCGUCGAGGUCGAGCGCGACGCCCUCACCGUCUGGUGCGGGCCCUUCGACCUCGCGGCGCCCGACGCUGCGCCGUGUCUCCUCGAGGCGUUCGCCUGCCUCGCGGCGCCGGACCAGACCGCGCCGGUCGUGCGGGAGCUGAGCGGGGCGCAGUGCCUCGCGUUCCUGGCCGGCGUCCGCGCGCAGUGCGACCCCGCGACGACGCGCGUCGUCGACGGCGUCGUUGACGGCGUCGAGGUCGUCGUCCGGCGCCUCGGCGACGACCGCCCGGUCUCCACGAACCUCAAGCGCCGGAAGAACCGCUGACUUGUUUGAUAUCCCAUUGCCAUUGUGGUUUGCCGCCGACCGCCACGACCGAUCCUCCUUUGUUUGUACCACUUGCGCGCCCUCUGGUGUUCGCCCCACGCGAACGCCGACGGCGUUUGUCUCUCUUCUGCCCUGCGGCCCAUUUUGCACCGCAUUGCUGUUCGCCCCGUUUGUCUGUGCCUCGACGUUCGCCCCACGCGAACGCCGCCAGCGCCGUUUCCCCGCCUUGCCUGUCGCCCCCAACGUCUAUCUGACGCGCCUCCGCACGCGCCUGCCUCUCUUCCGGCAUCUGAAUCGCAUCCCUACCAGGGUGUUUUCUAACAUAAAGGUGUACACAUU